UCGGAACGCAGCCUGCGAGAGAGAGAGAGAGAGAGAGAGAGAGAGAGUGAGUGUUUGGUGUGUUUUAGACGUAUGUACACAAUUUAGGAGUGUGAAAAAUGGUUAUCUGCAAAUUUUAUCGGCAAGGCAAUUGUCGUUACGGACAAUAUUGUCAAUUCGAACAUGUUAAUCAUUUUGGUGGUCCCAAAGCAGACUUGUAUAACGAGGAUGAAAUCGCGGUCAUUGUGGCAAAAGAGGUUUUACUUGCUGAAAGAGGUGGACAAUGGUUGUUGUCAUGUUUUGCACCACUCAAAGAACGUCCCAGUAUCCCAGGUAUGGAGGAUUUGUCUCCAGAGGAAGUUCGAUGGGAUAUGUACCAAGCGCAGAAAAAUGGCAUUGUUGAACAAGCAAAACUGCAUUUUCAACAACUGUGCCAAGAUAUGAAGGCUAAGAGAGAUGCAUUGAAAAAUCCGAAUCGGGAGACGAUAACCAUGUUGAAAAAGCUUCUGGGAAGUGGUCAAAAAGGUGGGUUGGGUCCAAAUAAUGACGCAACAACUGACAAGUCAUCUCGUUCCUUUCUUGCAGCACCUCAGCUAGGUCUAGCUAAUAGCACACCAGCCAAUAACGUAUUUGGGAAACAAACAUUUGGUGUACAAACCAGCAAUUCAUUCAGUGGAGGAUUCGCCUCCUCGAGCAAUACGUCGAUAUUCGGAAGACCCAACAAUAAUACGACGGCUCCCAUGUUCGGCGGUACACCGACCUUUGGGAACAAUCUCGGCUUCGGCGCCGCAACCAACACCAGCUCAAUUUUCAAUGGGACAACGAACACGCCGGCGUUUGGGACUGUCGCAUCUCAAUCUAAUGCGAUUUUCGGUGGAACGUCCCAAGGCAUGUUCAGUCAGAGUAAUAACGUAUUCGGCGGUGCGAACCAGCUGAGCUCGCAGUCAACCACGUCGGCGUUCGACAGUGGUGCAACGUCCUCCACCUCGUUGUUCAACAGUUCGAUGACCUCCCAGGCGAACACUUCUUUGUUUGGAACAACGCAAACCACCACCGCGGGCUUGUUCGGUGGUACCUCGUCAAACACCCAGACGAAUUCACUCUUUGGCGCUACCACGUCGUCUGGUCCCUUCAACGCCGGAUUAUUCAGUCAGCAAAAGACAUUACCCGCUUUCGGUGGAGCACCGGUUUUCGGAGGAGCGGCUAACUAUACCGGUAAUUCCGGUUCGAUGUUCGGCUCAUCCGCUCAAACGUUCGGUACACCAGCAAUAUCAUCGAGCGGUAUCUUCGGCACAUCCGCCGCUGCUACGACGCCUGGUUUCGGAGCAUCCGCUGUUACCGUAACACCGGCUACGACGCCAGUUUUCGGUGGGAUAUCCACUUCCACUACAGCGCCGAGCUUUGGAGCAUCAUCAGUCGCUGCCACAACGCCGGCUUUUGGUUUGGCUCAGCAACCUGUCGCUAAUACCUUCGGAACUACCGUGUCCGCCGCACCGAACGUCUUUGGUGCUCAGAAUACCGCCACUACUAUACCGAUAGGUAACAAUACACCGUUCGAAGAACCGGUUAUUAACAGUCCGUUCGUCACUGCAACGAGUUCACAAUUCGGCUCCACAAACACAACUUCGUCGGCACCAUUUGGCAGUGCGAGAUUCGGCCUGGCUGCGGCGAACGCGAGCGACACGUUUGGUGCCGCGGCUACGUCUUCUAAUUCGUUGUUUGCGAAUGUAGGAACUACCUUUGUUUCCUCGAAUGUAAAUGUACCGAAUGCUUCACCGUUUCCCGCGCCAAUGUUCGGUGCCUCGCCAUUCGGUGCAAUUAACACGACCGCAGCCGCGACGGUGGCGGCGACAACGACGGCGACGGCGACGGCGACGACAAUGACGACGACGACGACGACGACGACGACGACGACGACAACGACAACGACAACGACAAAUCCGUUCGCACCGCGGACACAGCAAAGUAGCACGCCGUUUAGCAGUGUUGCGCAGAAUCAACUUACCGGCAUCACCAGUCUCGCGUCUCCGUUCGGCAAUACAUCGAUUGCUGUUACCAUAAUUAGCAAUAUUAUCGAUGACAGCGUUUACAGCGCAGAGAAUGCGUUAACGGACGACGAAAAGAGCAUGUUCUUGGCCGAAAAGUUCACCAUUGGUAAAAUACCACUGAAACCUCCUUCUAAAGACAUAAAGUGAAUUGACUUGUGUGAAUUGCCUCCGUGAACAAGUAUCGAGUGUAUAAUAUGGUAAAGACAUGGAUGUAAAAAUAUUUUGUCGACCUGUGAAAUGAAUUCCGGUUGGAAAAA